AUGGACGGCGUACUCAACCUGCUAUAUAUCGCAUACGAGCGCUUCACGCGCAACCUGCGCGGCACCCUUGAGGGCAUGUCCCCCGAGAAGUGGAUCAGGAUCGUCAUCAUCGUCGGCACCUACAUGCUCGUCCGGCCGUACCUGCUCAAGCUCGGCGGCAAGGCCCAGAUGAACCAGCACGAGAAAGAGGCCGCCGAGGCGGAAGCGGAGGCAGAGGCAAAGGCCAAGAUGUCGCCCAACGAGCUGCGCGGCCACAAGAUCCAGAUCCCCGAGGACAGCGACGACAGCGAUGCCGAGGGCGAGGCCCAGCAGUCGGCCUCCGCCACCGACUGGGGCAAGAAGGCCCGCCGCAGGCAGAGGACAAUGGUCAAGAAGCUCUUGGACGCCGAGGAGAAGAGGCUGCAGGAGCUGCAGGAGGACGAUGAGGAUAAGGACAUCGAGGAGUUCUUGACACAGUAG